UAAAAUGCAACAUUUAUGUUAAAAUAAAGCAAUAAACAUACCCGUUGCAUAUACAGGCUUUGAUUGAAUGAUUUGUUAAGUACAGUUCGUUCUACAUUUCAUUAACUAUGUUCUGAAUGUAGCACGUGUAUAAUGGAUUAAGGCUUAAAGAGGUGAGAAUGAAAACCGGGAUCCUGUCGCAAACAAACAAAAUUCCAAGUGCAGAUUUCAAUUGUUAAAGCCGCAAAAGGCGUGCGUCACGAAACAUUUCGUACCAACACCACGGCGUAGCAGGGGACCGCGUGCACACACAGUGUAAAGAUUGUGUUUGUACGUCCUGAUUAAAGAGCACCAGGGUGAGAUUAGUUGAUCAAUUCAAAAGAACAGAAAGACGGUCGAGUUAAAUGAAUCGGAACACAAGUUUCUCUUUUCUAAAGAGUAAUUUGGAAACGAAGAUAAACAAAUCAACAAUAAGUCACACAAAUGUGUCAAUUGAAUGUUGGAUUAGCGUUUUACAAUUGAAACAUAAACAGAAAGUGACACCGGACGAUUGAAAUACGAUAUUAAAAGCGAUCAACGAUCCUAUCAACUGUAUAUCAAUGACCAUAUAUAUUCAAUGUACCGUGCUAGGCAAGUCUAGAUAGCAAACAAAACAUGUCAUUCCCUUAUUACUCCGUUGCUACUCUCAGUAAACGUGCGAUCUAUAAAACUGAGUUUGAUAUUUUUAAGAGGAGCACAGAUAUAGAUUUGAUAAGUUUGAUAAGCUACGAUGAAGAGCCACCUUUAAACUCUGCGCAUCCCAGGAAGGUAAAUAAUAAUUCUUAUAAACACCAGUUAAAUAUAAAUAGACGCCCGGAGACUGUCCCUGAAACGAUCCGGCGACAAACUGUUCGAACAAAUUUGAAAAGUGCUAAGAACGCUAAUCCUUCCUCUAGAUAUUUAUACCGACGACAAAAAGCGAAGAGCGCAACGGAAUUAAGUUCUAGGAGAUCAAACGAACAUGUAAGGAGCAAGGGUAAUAAGCGUGUACCUAAAAGUGCAGCUAUCAGAACUAGAUGCGGAACAAAUGCUAAAAACGAAUUUACUAAAACGUCCCAAGGUAAACCUCUGGAUAAUAAUGAGAAUCAAAAAGAUGUAACCGACAAGGACCGUCUGUGUCAAAGCGCAUGUGACAUAAGGGAUAAAGCGGAUACAGUGAGAGAACCGCCAAGAAGCCGAACAACGUGCGGCUUUAAUCAGGACAUUAAGUUGAGUACGAAAACAAACAGACGGCUUAAACGAAAAAAAGGAAAAUUAAACUCUGCCAACCAUACUUACAGUAAAACAGAACAAAACGAUAACUCCGUAAAAAAGAUCAGACAAAAUAAAGUGUUAAAUAAUGAGUAUGAGAUAAAUGGAUUUGUUACUGAAUUCUCUGACGAAGGUUAUCGAAAUAUUGACGACCCUAAUAUCAAAACACGCGUAUCCUUUACAGAAAAUACUAGACAAGCGUUCGAAGAAUCCACCGGUUCGGAUGAAAACAAUCUUAGCAGAGAGCCUGCCAUAUCUUGCGCUGAUGAGUGCACCCACAAAAGAUCUUCUUCACAUUCUUCGGUAAGUUGGCCGGGUGAUGAAUCUACGCACAAUAGGAUAACUCUUACAACAGGUGGCACAGGACAUGACAAUAAAGUCAUUGAAUCAAAUGACAGUGGUGUUAGCAGCUAUACCGCAACACCAGAUGCAGACGACAAUCAACACCCUGUUGAAGCAGACGACAUUUCUGAGAAGAGAGUUGCUUUCAAUAUCGUAAAUGUUAACAAAGAAGAGCUUGAAAACUGUAGUGGCUUAGAGAAUAGUGAGUGUGAUAGUGAUGGUAUUUGUGACGUGAGUUACAAAACUAACAAUAUAGGCAGUGAAGCGUUUGAUUUUAGUAAUAAUAUCAGCGAAAUUGAAGGACUUGAGUCACAAAUUCGAAUUUCUACGUCUAGUGGUAUUUUCGAUGCUGAAACAAAUUCACUAAUUUCGCAUCAGGAGGAAAGAAGAAAAAAGCAUUCAAAGUGCGUUGAUUUUCCCAAUAAUACUAAGACAGAUAUUAACAAAUUAGCUAUGUCGAAAGAGGCUAGACAUGCAAUACGUGAAACGUUGAAUGACAUGGGAGUUCAUCGUAAGAGGAAAGGCGGCGUUGAAAACGGUUCCCAUAACAUUCUUCACAAAAGUGUAAAAGCUCAAAGGAAAAUGAAUGAGAAUAGGAAUAAAUAUGAUUGCAUAAUGCGGGAGCGCUCAAAGUCUUUCUUAAGAAACCAGUUUGAGUCCAUGGAUAGUUUAGGCAAUGACGAAAAUAGUUCGCAUUAUUCUUCACCAAGUCCUCUGAAAGAAUACGACGAUGCCUCGAGCGAAGAUUUGGAACGCGCAAAGCUUUUCCCCGCUAUCCGUGAAAAUACCAGACUUAGUCGUGCAACUUUGCAAUCCAAUUCGAAGACGAACGCAUACAGUUUAGAGCAAGCAAAGAAAAAGAACUACAAAAUACCGGGAAUAGGAAACUAUAAAUUCGUAGCCACUCCGGACGACUUUGAAAUUACACCGCCGGGCUUUGAUAGCAGGUACAAUCAUAGGCCUAUUAUUUCCGAAGAGGAGAAGGAGAUACCGCCUCGCUUGGUGCGGGAGAGAUCCAUACAAAAGUGUCAGAACUGGCUAUCCAAUGUCAGCCUGUCACCAAUGUCCUUGAAACCAGUCAGAAACUCGAAGAAACAUGACGCAUAAACGCAUUAAUGUUGGGAUUGUAUGUGUGUUUUAUGUUGACAAAAUGUGUGAGCUCUUUUCUAGAUCGCAAAGGGAAUUAUAUGGAGGAGGAGGAGCAGAAGGUUAAUUUUUUUAAACUCACCGCCGACUUCAAUGCUAUCUUUCAGGAUUUUCAGUUGUUUUUUUUUUAAACUGUAGGGCUGUAGCAAUUCUGUCGUUGAACAAUUUAGGGCUAUGUGAGGUUUCGGUCGCUUAAACUAUUAGGUCGUGCGAUUCCGGUCGAUUGAAACUUAAGGGUCGUGGGUUUUGGUCAAUCAAAACCUUUGGGUUUAGGGAGCUAAGAACUUUUUGGUUGUUUAUUUUUAGAUUGUUGAUAAUUGUUUAGGUUGUCAGAUUUCGACCGCCGAAACGCUUUAAGGUCUUGUGGUUUUCGCUAUAUAGUGUCGGUGUGAUCGUUGGCCUAUUUUUGGUUUUACAGAUACAACUUGCUAAUUAAACUUACCUUUUAUAAGAAUAUAUGUAUACAUAUAUGUUGAGUAUUUUAAACACGUGCACAAUAUUAAUUGAAAGAGCAGAUCAAAUCCCAAUUCAUAUUUAUAUACGUAGUAACAUAUUUUUUCAAUGCAAGUGCAUUAUUUCCUUUGCAUUUCAGUCAAUAUUUAUUUCAAUGUUUCAUUAAGGGUGUUAUCUGUGUUUAUUUAUUGAUGUUUUAAGCAAAUGCUGUAUUGGAGGCGGGAAAUAACACUAAACUUUUAAAGACCUGACGUCAACAAGAUCUUUAAAGCAUUUUAUGAUACAUAUUAUAUGUGGGCAUUUAACGUAUUUUACGGAUCUGUAAAUACUUUUCCAUCCAUAUCGUGUUGUUUUUUCAAUAUCGAAGUUAUUUAGUACAUAAAUACCGAUUUAGAAUUCUAGUGCGUAUAAUUAAAACCCCGAGGGCAAAAUCCGUAUUUUUAUAGCUUUAGAACGACAAGGCGUUGUGUUCUGGCUAAUUCAACGAUAUUGUAGCAAUAAUUUGUAUUCUAUCACAAUUUCAUAAAUAUAUGGACAAUAGAAAUGAGAAUUAUACAUUACUGUACUUUACUCAGCUUUACGACUUCUUUUUUGCGUAGUUGCGUAGUUAACAACUAGUUUUACAGCAGUUAUUUUAGUUGUCUGUUUUAAGAUCUAAUAGUCUAAUAUUCGAAUGCAGUAUUACACUUUUACAGCUAUACAUACAAGCAACUAGAGUAUUGAAUAUAAUUAUAUGUCUGCUAUAUGCACACCGUGAACUAAUAAAUUCAAUAAAUGUAUUCGUUCACAAUGUGCACAUGUUAAGUACGAUAGUAGAAAUAUAAUCAUCGAAAUACAUGUAUACCCAUAUACAGGUAUAUGAGCCGCGUUCUGAGAAAACUGGGCUUAAUGCAUGUGCAGUCCGCACAGGCCAAUCAGGGACGACACUUUCUGCAUUCACGGUAUUUUUGUUUAAAGGAAGUCUCUUCUUCAAGAAAAUCCAGUUAAGGCGGAAAAUGUCGUCCCUGAUUAACCUGUGCGGACUUCAAAGGCUAAUCUGGGACGACACUUUACGCACAUGCAUUAUGCCCAGUUUUCUCAGAACGCGACUCAUAUUAUCAUGAAUACUAACAAUGAGUUAGUGAGAAUUAUAUGUUUAUCGUUUGUGCCAUAUUAUUAAGUGUGUAUC